AACUUCCAAACGCAUAACACAUAUUCAAUUAUCCGCUCCAGUUUUAGAAAUUCCCAAAUAUCACAAGUUUCCUCCCUUCACGACCGGUGUAAUUUAUACAUUUGGUCCUUCGAACCGGAUCGGUGAAAGGAAGCAUUACGUGCAGUGAAACUUGCAGCAGGACACUACGUGUUCACAGAUUUGGGAAUAAACGGCACUACGUACCGUUUAUGUACAGUGGUGAUUCAAAGUGUGAUAUUUCUCCGUUUAAACCCGUUGUGUUUUUCAUUUCCUUUGGUUGCCCCGCUAUCACGGGCAAAGGAGACGUUUGUGAAGUGUUCGUGAAGAUUACAUCGUGUCACGAACAAGGAACAGAAAAGCGAGUGUGUAGUUCGAUCGGAACGCGUAAGAAAACCGACGCCACCCACGCCAUUUCAAAUUUGGCACCCAUAACUGCAACGACACCCAUUGCGUUUUCAAAUUUGCGCCAUUCGAAAUUUGGUUUUGCGUACAAGUUGCAUCCAAGUUACAGUGAGAUUAUCCUACGCGCCAAAAAUUCAAAGAGAAAAUGGCGAAACAAUUAAAAGCGUUUCAACUGAAAAAACGCCAAGCUGCCGAGCUAAUUAAAACCGUGGAACAGUUCACCAGUGAAUAUACCGAUGAUAGAGUGAGUGAAGUAUCAGUGUGUCUAGACCAGCUGGAAAGGUAUUACGAAGAUUUUCUCCAGGCAAGCGCGAAAGUUUCGGAGCUAGAUGAGGAUGGGGCGGAAACGUAUGUGGCGGAACGUUGCGAAAUGGACACGCGUUACCGACGCGUGAAGGGUUUCCUUCUACGAAGGCAACCCUCGAACCCGGGUGUGAGUGAUUCGGUGUUGAUCGCGAAUUCAACGAUGAAUACUACGGGACGAUCGAGUGCUGUGAAUGUGCGUCUGCCGAAAAUCGAAUUACCUACGUUUGAUGGUGAUUCUACCAAGUGGCUUACUUUCCGGGACCGAUUUGUAGCUAUGAUUGAUUCUUCCGCGGACAUUCCUAACAUCAUGAAGCUGCAAUAUCUGCUGUCGUCGUUAAAGGGUGAUGCUGGAUUGCUCUUCGAGCAUACCACCUUAACAGCAGAUAAUUACGACGUGACGUGGACUGCCUUGCUGAAGCGAUACGACAACCCGCGUACGCUUGUUCGCGAGUACUACCGGAAGAUUCAUCACCUACCGACAGUGAGCCGUGAAAGGGUGGAUGAAUUGGCGCAGCUCGUGGAUGAAUUCACGCGGCACGUGAACGGGCUGAAGAAACUCGACGAGCCCGUUGAGUACUGGGAUACGCCGCUCGCCAACCUCUUGCUGAUGAAACUGGACACGGCGACCAUCUUGGCUUGGGAAAACCAUUCAGCACAGCACACGAAAGAUAAGUACAAGGAGUUAGUAGAUUUCCUUCAUAGUCGUGUCCGAAUCCUUAAGUCAACGCGUGAGUUUUCCCAUACUGAACUAAAUACGAGAACGGUGGCCGGUAGCAAAAAAAUAUUCGAACAUAGACCAAGGUUGGUGGGUAACACAGCGACGGCAGGAAGAGCAAUACCGCAUAUGUCAGCGCCACAGCCACCACAACCACCGUGCAUUUUUGGUUGCACGGAGGCUCACCAUUUGCGGGUUUGUCCGGAAUUCGCAAAUAAGGACGUACCCCAACGGCGGGAAAUCGCAACACGAGAACGGCUGUGUUGGAAUUGCCUGAAUCGUCAUCACCAAGUGAGGGAUUGCCGCUCGUCGUACCGGUGCACUACGUGCAAGGCACGACACCAUUCACUACUACAUGUGAAUUCAGCGGUGACCAUGGCUGCGCAAUCCGAUGAGGAAAUGGUUCUUCUGGAAACGGUCCUUCUCCAGCUCGUGGAUGAUCACGGCAACACGUAUGAUGCGCGGGCACUUCUCGAUUCGGGAUCGAUGUGCAAUUUCGUUUCCGAAACCAUGGCGCAGCGCUUGCUAACACCGUUGUCAAAGGUAGACGUUGCCAUAUCUGGUAUAGGGCAACAGAUGCAGCACGUCAAGGGUUCCAUUACAGCGGCCGUUCAAUCGAAAGGGGCUGACUUCUCUACAACAAUGGAAUUUCUUGUACUGAAGACUCCGUCGGCAGAUCUUCCAACCACACCGAUAAACGUAGAGUCGUGGUUCCUCCCGAAUAUAAAAUUGGCUGAUCCUACUUUCCACGUCCCCGGAAAGGUAGAUGUGGUUAUUGGCGGUGAUACAUUUUGGGAACUACACACUGGAAGGAAGCGGUCACUGGGCGAAGGAAAACCAUGGUUGUUGGAGACACCGUUUGGAUGGGCGAUCUCUGGGAAUACUUCCCGUUGUUCUGGGCCCAAUUUGCGGUUGUGUCACCUGGCAACCAAUGAAGGUGACAUUGCAGCUUCGCUACAACGGUUCUGGGAGGCUGAGAGCAUUUUAGAAGGCCCUGCGUUGUCUUUGGAAGAAGACCUGUGUGAGAAGUAUUAUGCUUCCACGACUACGCGAAAUGCUCAAGGUCGCUAUGUCGUGUCGUACCCCAAAGCCGUAGACCCGGUUCUGCAUGAUUUUUAUGUGGAUGACUUGCUGACUGGUGCAGCAAGUGUUUCAGAAGCCAUCGAAACACGUAAACAGAUAUCAUCGAUGUUGGAAUCAGCGGGCUUCUCACUAAAGAAAUGGGCGUCGAACAUACCGGCUGCGCUUGAUGGUGUUCCAAGCGCCGAUUUGGCCAUCAAAUCAGUUCUAGACUGGCAAGAAGACCAAGCAGUCUCAACACUGGGCUUGGUUUGGGAACCAUCCAACGAUAUGUUUCGGUUUCGGGUGGAUUUGCCAACCCCUGCAGAAGAGCUGACACGAUGCCUGGUGUUAUCAUACACGGCCAGAAUCUUCGAUCCUCUUGGUCUGUUGGGACCAACGGUGAUACUCGCCAAGAUGUUCCUGCAACGCCUAUGGGGAUUGAAGCACGAGGGGAAGACGCUGGACUGGAAUCGUCCGCUACCAGCGGAGAUUCAGGAAGAGUGGAGGAGGUUCCACUCAACGCUCUAUGUGUUACGCGAACUGCGAGUACCUCGAUUGGUGGCACAUAGCAAUCCGGAAAGGCUGCAGCUGCAUCUCUUCGCGGAUGCAUCUCAAGGAGCCUAUGGAGCAUGUUGUUACGUACGCUCGGAUUCGACACGGGGCUCUACGGUUAGAUUGCUAGCGGCUAAGUCCAAGGUGGUGUCCCUCUCAAACACACAUUCCAUCGCCAGAUUAGAACUGUGUGCAGCACGGCUAGCAGUACACCUGUUCCAGAAGGUGAUUCGAGCACUCAACGUUUCAUCGUCGACGGUUAUCUGUUGGACAGAUUCCAUGACCGUCAUGCAUUGGCUCAAAUCAUCACCUCGUCGAUGGAAGCCGUUCGUCGCCAACAGGGUGGCGCAAAUACAAGAGGAGACCCGAAUUUCAUGCUGGCGUCAUGUUCCUGGUAGCGAUAACCCGGCGGAUGAUAUAUCGCGCGGGUUGAGGCCCGAAGAGUUACUGCAGUGCGAGCGAUGGUGGCAGGGGCCACGUUGGUUGUCCUACGGACAGGAAGAGUGGCCGGUGGAACCAGUACUCGCGAAAGAGAACGAGACGGACAUCGAGGAGCGGUUAGCGGUGUCCAAAAUAGUCAUCACCUCUACGACGUGUGACUUUAGCAACACACUUUUCGCACGUUAUUCCUCGUACGGCAAGUUGCGAAGGGUUGUUGCUUAUUGCUUGCGAAUCCUCUCCAACCUCAGGGCGAGCAAGUCAACGUCGAUCAACAGCGUCAAGCGGAAUACGGACAUGAAGACGCUAUUGAGUUCCGUUCCACCGCUUACAGCGGCGGAGUUGCAGGAUGCGGAACUGAGGUUGUGUCAACGGGCACAACAUGAUUCGUUUGCGGAGGAGAUGGACGACCUGAAACGAGGAAAGCUGGUGAGCGGAAGGUCGAGACUAAAGUGGUUGUCUCCAUACCUCGACCCAAAGGGUGUGUUACGCGUCGGUGGCCGGCUUGGUAACGCCAACAUACCAGAGUCAACCAAACAUCCGAUUGUCCUCGCUGCAUCACAUCGGCUGUCGACACUACUGGUCGAGAACACUCAUCAUCAAAAGAUGCACGCGGGGCCACAAUUCAUGUUAGCAACAAUCCGGCAGAAGUUUUGGUUGAUUGGGGGCCGAAACUUAGCAAAGAGCGUGUACCAUCGAUGCCACACAUGCUUUCGGAACAAGCCAACGCUGGUGAAACAGGCGGUAGCUGAUUUGCCUAAGUCACGAGUGACACCAACGCGACCGUUUGCCGUCAGCGGCGUCGACUACUGUGGGCCGUUUUUGUUAAAGUCGACCGUCCGCAACCGAAGCCCAACGAAGGCAUACAUCGCGAUAUUCGUAUGUUUCGCGACAAGGGCAGUCCAUAUCGAGCUGGUGAGUGAUCUCACAUCGACUGCUUUCCUAUCAGCACUACGUCGCUUUGUCGCGAGACGUGGUAAAGUAGCCGAAUUGCAUUCGGACAAUGCAACGACGUUCAAGGGCGCGGCACACGAGUUGCAUCGCAUCUAUAGGAUGCUGAAAAUCGAUGAGGGUGAUAGGAGAGCGAUCUUUGAUUGGUGCGCAGAGAACGAACUGGUAUGGAAGUUUAUCCCCCCGCGUGCGCCUCAUUUUGGAGGACUUUGGGAAGCGGCAGUUAAGUCCGCUAAAAGGCAUCUGUUAAAGACGAUAGGAGUUAGAAGUGUGACGCAAGAAAAUAUGCUUACCCUUCUGGCACAAGUUGAGCUUUGUUUAAAUUCGCGUCCAUUGAUACCAAUAUCAGAUGAGCCAACAGAUUUGGAAGCACUAACCCCGGGCCAUUUCUUGAUAGGGAGUAGCAUGCAGGCGGUACCACAAGUAGAUCUUAGCAAGAUUUCUCCGAACCGUUUGAAGGAGUACCAAUUAGUGCAAAGGCAGAUGCAAGAGAUUUGGGCACGGUGGUACCCAGAAUAUCUACAGCAGCUACAGGCCAGGGCAAAGCACGCGAACAAUACACCGGUGAAGCUAGAAGUGAACCAAUUAGUGAUCGUGAAAGAAGACAAUACCCCACCUGCAGUUUGGCCAAAAGGGCGAAUAACAGCUUUGCACCCAGGAAAAGACGGUGUAGUGAGAGUAGUAACUUUACGAGUGGGCACAGGAAAAGAAAUUGUUCGAGCCGUCAGCAGAAUCGCGUUACUACCCAAUCCAAUCGAACAGAGAGGUUAGAGCGGAAGAAGGAUACACGUGGGAAAUAGUAAACAACAGUUGUUGACAUUUGGAGCGUCAAGUCAAGUUAAGUUUACACGUCGAUCACAUAGUUUCAUGCAUUUAAAAGAAUUCUCUUUUGGUGGCCGGAAUGUUGAAUUUGGAUAAUUAGUAUAAUUAAUUAAUUUGCAUGAAAAUAUUUUGAAUUGUUAUUGCAUGAAAAAUAAACAACACUUGACAACACUACG